AACCUAACCUCACAUUGCGGUGUUGUCAUUGGUGGAAAUCGUGGUGAAUGUUGUUUUGAGCGUUUUUUUAUGAGUCUUUGAGUGCUAAUAAAGGUCAAAGAUGGGGUAUAAUCUUAAGGAUGAGAGUGAAGUGAAGGAAUACAUUGAAAAUCUAGGAAUUGAGUAUCGAUUUGGGUGUUUUUCUGAGAAGAAAUCAGAAGUGUGUCACCUACUGGGAGAUUACUUGGAGGGUAUAAAGAAAGACUUUGAGAAGGCUGGUAAGGUCUAUCGAUCGAAUUGCGAUGACUAUGGCUAUGCGAGAUCCUGCCUCAAGUACGGACACUACAGCUUUGUUGGGAAGGGAGAGAGUGGUAGCCGGGGAGAUCCUCUCAAGGCAUAUAGAUACUACGAGAAGGGAUGUAGUUUGAAUGAUGCAGAUAGCUGCCUUCAUGCGGGUCUUCUGCUGGUAUCCCAGUCACUACCGAAAGAAGUCAAACGAGACAUCCCAAAGGCAUUUGAGAACCUCAAAAAGAGCUGUGAAAUGAACAACGCCACGGCAUGCUUUUACCUCUCCGGAAUGCACAUUUCCGGUGUACAGACGCAAGCCGAUUCUGCGGCCAAGACGGGAAAGUUUAUCAUUGCCAAGGACAUGAAGAAAGCCUUUGAGUUUGCAUACAAAGCCUGUGAGUUGAAAAAUAUGUAUGCCUGUGCAAAUUUGAGUCAAAUGUACGCAAGAGGGGAUGGGAUUGAGAAGAAUGAGGAGAGAGCUGAGAAGUACAAGAAAAUGGCACUAGAAAUGCAGGAUGAAGUCAAACAACAGGCAUCUUUAGAAUUCCAGCAGGGAGUCAAUACCUCGUAGCUCAAUUCUACUUUGUUCAAAUUGUAAAUCCAAUGCCCCAAAAAGAAAAAUUCCACUGACCCUACCAGAUGCCGCAAAAGUCAUGUAAAUAUAGUCAAAUUUAUUCACUUAAAA